AUGGAGCUGGGACUCGGUUGCGUUUUGGGCAUAAUGCCGGGCCGGGAGUUUUGCUUCACUUUGGCGGCCAACUCUCGCCGCCGCCGCCUCCUCUUUGCGUCGAUCAUGGAAGAGCAAGGGCAAUCAGCGUUAUUAUGUAGUAUGUACUGUACAUCCAUCGUGGUUCCGAAUGUUAUCUUCACGUCUUCAUGCAGGUUGCAGGGGCCUGUUCGCUGCGUUUUGACUCGGGAAGACACAGGCGUCGCAGUGGACGGGCUGCGCGUCCGCGAGAUCUUGAUGGUCAGCUUGACUAACGAGCUUGUCUCCGAUCGAUUCUCCGUCAGAGAGGGAGCCAGUUCAAGCAGAGCGGUAUGGCAUGGCUGGGGGCCAGUCAGUCCGUCACCGGUCGAUUUCGCCGAGCGGUCAAGCCGGCACAGCACGACCGGGACUCCCCUCUUCACUCUCUCGCUCACACGCUCUCGCUCUCUCUCGCGCGCUCCCCAAAAGUCCCACUUCUCUUCUUGUCCUCGCCGUGCAUUUCGGAAUCACCAUCAGGCACGAAUGGAUCCGCCAGCCCCACGCCCUGAUUCGCACGCGCGAGUUACGGAUCUCCCUCGUCUGCCCACUCUUCUUUGGCUGCACAGGAACCUAGAAAGAAAUGCACGAUCUCCCAUAGGACCGCCUCCCGACCACAUCAUGCAUCGACAGGCAGCCCUCGAAUCAGAGCCAGCAGAAAGUGAUGCGGUGUUUCAACACGCUCUCACCCUCUGGCUUUGA